AUGUGGGUUCUCGGUGCCCAGCACAAAUCGUAUAGUGGCGACGCACAAACCUCACUGGAUCCUGGCCUGCAUGCCAUCGGUGAUUCGAGACGAGCCAAGCAGCAAGCCAUGUAUCAUGGAUAUGCCGCAGGGUCCAUCGAGAAGAGCGAUUGUAGUCUCAAAUCGACACGAGAAGCAGCGUCCCGCCAAAUGGAGUGGCGUCGAGUUGCGCCUAUCAGCUCCAUGUCAUUAAAGAAGGAGCGAAAGAAGGGGGCUAUGGUAUAG